UCGCGGAGACGCCCCACCGGCUCCGCCGUCGCCUGUGCCGCGCGGAUGCCGUACGCGGCUCGUUGAGGAGUCUGGGUGGCUGAAGGUGCGGGGGAGACGACCGAAGCGGGAUCCGAAUUGGCCGGAGAGGUGGCGAUCUCCAUAGAGAUCGGGUCCAUGGGCUCCCCCGCCAUCCAGCACGACUCCGCCUCCGCACCAGGAAACGUGGAGUGUGCUGAUGACCCUGGCAGCAGCAUCAGUAGCCAAAGCAAGUCGGGCAAGACGAUGAGCACGGACACGUGGAGGUGGUGUCUAGGGUUGAUUUACAUCGUUGCUAUUGCGGGCAUAUGGAUCGCUGCAAGCUACAUCGUCCAGUCGGUCGUGGACGGCGGUGUUUCUCCGUUCUUGAUCACCUACAUCUGCAAUUCUCUGUUUGUUGUUUACAUCCCCAUAGUUGAAUUCGCGCGGUACUUUGAGGAUUCUAUCGACAACAUGUGGGCAAAAUUGAAAGGCAAGGAUGGUGGCGCAAACUCAAAGAAGCCUGCUGAUCUGGAGACUGUGAAUCUUCUACAGAGAAGCGAGCAGGAGGGAAAUGCUGCCUCAUCUCAGUCGCUGACAAGUUUGCCUGAGGACAAUGUGGGUUCAGAUGCCAACUCCCCUGUCCAUGCAGAGCUAGCCGUUGCGGACUGCAGCAAAGGGUUGGAUGCAAAAGGACGCUGGACACGUGCUCGUACGGCCAGAGUCAGCAUGCUAGUCUGCCCUUUUUGGUUUCUCGCACAGCUUACAUUCAAUCUCUCUCUGAGAUACACCACUGUAACAUCAAACACGAUCCUGAGCAGCACGUCUACCCUCUUCACUUUCCUGGUUGCAUUGGUAUUCCUUGGAGAAAUGUUCACAUGGUUGAAGCUAAUCAGCGUGCUUCUCUGCAUAGCGGGAACAAUAAUAGUUAGCCUCGCUGAUUCAGGCAGUACACUGAAUGCUAUUGCCACAAAUCCUCUUCUAGGAGACUUCCUUUCUAUCGUUUCGGCUGGCUUAUAUGCUGUAUAUAUCACCUUGAUACGGAAAAAGUUGCCUGAUGAGAAAGAAGGUCAAGGACAAGUUAGUAUGGCUCAGUUUCUUGGAUUCCUGGGACUGUUCAAUAUGUUGUUUUUUCUUCCUGUUGCGUUGGUGCUGAAUUUUGCCAAGCUGGAGCCAUUCCACAAGCUGACAUGGGAACAAGUUGGUUUGAUUGUUGGAAAAGGUUUGUUGGAUAAUGUUUUGAGCGACUACUUGUGGGCAAAAGCAAUCCUUCUCACAACAACCACUGUCGCAACAGCUGGUCUCACAAUCCAGGUUCCAAUUGCUGCCCUUGUCGACACACUCACUGGACAUGCUCCCCAUCUGUUGAACUACAUCGGAGCUGCUGCUGUAUUAGUCGGUUUUGCUGGCAUCAACAUCCCAUCCGAUGUGCUACAGCCUUCUCAGCAUGAGCAGGAAACUCCCAUUGUUACCAUGGUUGAUGACCCGCAUUGUACCGAUGCUGUUUGAUAGUAGCAGCCUGUUUUGUUUGGAGUUUUUGUGCAUAGUGUACUAAGCAAUGUAUUACCGUUGGCCAGAUCGGUAGAGGCACUGUAAUUGUUUCCCCUUACCAUGGACUGCAACAGAAGAUAUGGAUAUCGGCGUGUGUGUAACAAAUCAUGUGUCAAGUAUCUUGUAUGGAGGAAGGGAAUUCGUUUGUAAUUUCCAUCGUUGUGUUGUGUUGUGUGACUUUGAGGGCAGGUCAGUGCAUAUAGCUAAAUUUUUGUUGUACAAGGUGAAGCAAUUUUAAUAUUUGUUGCGGCUGUACUGAA